GCGCCGCGAGCAGCGUAGGCGGACGUACGGUCAUGCGCGAAGCAUUAGGCAGGAUGGCUGAGCUCGAAUUCGAGGCGCCUCUUGCUCAAAUCGAAGAAGCAGACGACUGCUAUUCAACAUCUGAUUAUCCCCAGAAAAAUAUGAAUGGGAACGAAAUACGUCUUAAUAAUAUCAACAAGCUCAAAAGUGAAAUGGUCAGAAUGAAAACAGACUCCAACAAAAUAAACGAUAAUGACGAACCAAAACAGGUGAAGUGUAAACAGGACAAUAUGCAAAAUUGUGAGGGGGAUAAUUUUACGGAGACUUUUUCUGGAUCGCUCGAAGAUUUGGUGAAUACAUUCGAUGAGAAAAUUACAAAGUGCUUCGGUAACUAUGAAGAAAGUGUGGAAAAGCUGGCGCCAGUGCAAGUUCGUUCUCAAGAAGAAAUAAUGAAUGAAUGCCAAAUGUGGUGGACGCUGACUGGAAACUUCGGGAACAUCCUGCCCAUUGACUGGACCAAGUCCUUCUCAAGAAAGAUGCACAUUCCUACAUUAAACCUUACAGAUAAGAAGAGUACCAGCAUGACCCCGGAUGACGAGAUCCACAGCUCGGAGGACGAGGCCGUGGCUUCAGACCUUGACAUGCACGCGCUGAUCCUAGGUGGUCUGCAUCAAGACCAUGAGUGUCCGGUGAAAACUGCUGAUGAGGUGAUACAAGAGAUUGAUGACAUGAUGCAAGAGACUCCAUCAUCAGAAGGUGACAUCAUCGAGUACAACGAGGCUCUGGAGAAGGGAAAAGAGAUUCUUAAUGCGCCGCUCUAUGAAGACAAACUACGACAACUCUCCCUCGCACAACUGAACGAGAUGUUCAUGGAACUCGAGGUGCUCAUCCGUGAGUUCUCGGAGACGCUGAUAGCUGAGCUGGCGCACCGCGACGAGCUGGAGUAUGAGAAGGAGAUGAAGAACACCUUCAUAUCUCUGUUGCUGGCGCUGCAGAACAAACGCAAGCAGUACAGCGCCGAGAAGAAGAAGCGCGGACCGCCGCGGUCUCCUCACGCUAACGGGACCUCGGAGCCUAAGUACCUGACCACUGUGAUCCCCUUCCAAUCGGAGUACGGACAACCGGACAAUCGGACUCUCCAAAUCCUAAUAAAGAUUCUCAAGGCCAUCAACGAGGACAGUCCUACAGUCCCAACACUUCUGACAGACUACAUCCUCAAAGUGCUGUGUCCGACAUAAACUGUUACUAACACACAUUCUGUUAGCUAAUACACAUUUCUAUACACUGGUAUCACAGAUGGCUACUAUCUCGCAGAAAACCAUAUAAAUUUCGUAGUAAAAAUCCAUACUAAAUUAAACCUAUAUAUAUGAUGUUAAAAUUCAAUGGUUUGGAUACAUAUUUAUGAAAAAUAUCAAGCUAUUUGAUAUAAUCGUCAAUAAAAAUCAAUGAAAUGGAAAUCUCAAUUAUGAUUGUUCAUUAUGUGAAUGGGUUUCAAUCCAUGCAAUGAAUGAAUAAGGAAUUUCUUUUUGCAAGAACUUUUUCAUAUAUCGAUAAACACCUGAAAUGUUUUAGUUAUAAUAAUUGUCUCUGACAGCUCGCUCUCAUGUAUGGAAGGUGCAACACUUUAAUAUAUUUAUUACUAAUUUACUUUUUGUUAUGUUUUUAAAGUGACAACCCUCAUUUCACAAUUAAUUACACAAAUAAAUUUUAAAACAAAAUUUAUGAACGAUGUGGGAUUCGAUUCGAUGUGGGUGUGAUUCGAACCCGCGACCUCUCCCGUUCCGUGUGAGUGCUCUUCCAACUGAGCCAAGCGUUCGAGUGACGUAUCGUUGAUAAAUUUUAUUUGCUUUGUUCAACUCUCAGUUUGUGGCUUCAUCUACAGAGGUUCUACUUUACUGUUGAUAACCUACUCAACUUGUGAGUGAAAAAAAAAUUAUCGAUUCAUCAAAAAUUUUGUUUUCAAAUUUAUUCGAGGAAUUAAUUUACUUAUUUAGAGCAUUGAUACUGAGAGUAUCAGCUCAAAUCGAAAUACAAUGAAGAAUAUUAUUAAAAAAUAUCAAUAUUUGAUUAUUCAUUAUUUUUAAUCAACAAAAAAAAAUAGGCUACUUACUUAAAAUGCAUUAAUUUAGUAUGGAGUUUCAAUAACAUUCAAUUGAUGUCCACAAAAUAUUCCUGACAUAUUUAGUUAUGUAAUCCUGGAAACUUUAAACCCAAUCUUCAAAUGUGUAUAGUUAUGUUAAUUUAUUGAAGUUAAAACUAGCCUAUAUUACUUUAAAAAUUAUGACAUAAUGGGAUCUUGGAAUAUAAGGAAUUAUUUGGGCUAGAGUUAACCAUUGCUUACGUCGAAGUUAAAAAUAUACAUUAAAUUAAAUUGGUGUCAACUAAUUAUCUAUUUUAAAUCUCUCGUGAAAGUAUAAUUAUAUGUUUUUAAUUAAUUCGGAUAUUACUUUUAAAUCAAAUUUAAAUUAUUAAUAAAAAUAUUUUUACGAAAAAAAUAUGAAAUUCUAUUUUAAAAUUUGCACACUAAAUAUCUAAAAUAUUAUAUAACUCUCGCGCACAUAUAAAUAUCUUGGAAAUUGGAUAGGAUUACAUCUUUUUUUAAUUUAUAAUCCAACGAGGUAUAGUUAAAGCUGUUUUCUUCGAAUGCGUGAAUAAAAUCGAUUCCUUAAGACUUUAAGUGCGCGGGCUUGUAAUCUCAUUGUUGUGUUAAUCUGUCUGUAUGUCUGCCUAGCGUGAUUGCCAAGAUUUAUGUCGGAACAUAUUAAUUUUUUAAUGUUUUUUUUUUUGCAUAAAUGAACUGUGAUAUUGUAUUGUAGUUUUUUAAUGCUUCCUUAGUGUUUAGUGUUGUUUUAGUUAUUUAACCAUAAUUUAUUUAAUAUUUGCGGCUCAUUAUUUCGAUUUUAAUGUAUAUAGAAUAGUAUUGAAACGGAAUUGUAAUUUCUAGCGUUAAAGAUAGAAACUAGAUUCGGUUUGUUUUGAGGCAGUGUUGAAAAUAUAUGUUGAUUGUAAUAUAAAUCAAUUGGUUUAUUAAUGUCUAACUGAUGUUAGAAAGUUUUGUUUUGUCGUUGUCUCAAUUCAACCAAGAUACAAUAACUUUAUGUUGUUGUUUUACUGCAAAUUCUAAUAGAGAAAACAUAUUUAAGGCUAAUUGGCUAUUUUGCGACCGGCGAUUCUAUUGGACAGUUAAUGGUUGUAACGCAUUUAGAAAUGUAUAAUAAUUAUAUUAUACAAGUCUGCACAUAGCCUUCAACGAAUUCUAUGUUAUAUCAUUAGAUCAUUUAAACAUCUAGAUAGACUUUGACAGCUGUCAAAACGUCGAAAAAAAUAAAUUGAGAUUGACAGUUUACCUCUAGUUUGAGCAAUGCACACACACUGACACAAAGCGACAUACAAAUCGCGAGUGUAAGUAGUAGUACCGUACAGUAAGUAACAUAGCUUGUCACGCACACUAAAGUAAUAAAUCUGGCCUGUUUUCAUCAGUUGUCUAGCAGCAAGAGGCUCUAUCUAGACGUAUAAAUUAUCUAUGGUAUAAUAUGUAAAUAAUAGUUUUGUAGAUACUGCACGGUCGUAAAACAUGUUGAAUGUAAUUUAACGUUUCUUUAAAACUUCAAUUUUAUUUUUUAUCAUUAAUUAUUAUUUUUAAUUAUAAAAUUCAGGCCAGUAAUAUUUAGAAAUGAAAGAAUAAUUUUAAAACCGAUGUGCUUUAAACGUUCUUGAUGGAAUCACAGACGAGUAAAAAAAGAAGGACUCCGUGCCGUGAUAUUAGCAAGUGAAGCACUGUUAUGCCUAGAGUGUCUGCUGUUACGGGGCAUACUUGUUACACAAUUUUUUCUCCGUUAAAUAAUCAUAUAUGGCCACAAAUACUUAUAUAGUAUUGUUUUUACACUUUAUCACAACGCACGACGGCAUUUUUAAAAUAUUUGAUUGAGACGCAAACUGAUCUGUCACAGACGAUGACAAUUCUCAUAAUGGCCGCCGAUCGGCCUGUAGUAGUGUAAGUGUAUGCGUGGGGCUAUGUAUUUACACGUUAAUCGGCUUGUUUUGGUGCUACACUGUUAUGUAAGGUGACACGGAGUCCUUAGUUUUUUUACUAGUCCGCGAUCGUAUCAAAUAAUAAACAAAUUAACUUUAAAUUUUCUUGAUGGAAUAUGAAUGUAUUGUAUAUCUAUAUAAUGAAUAAUUUAAAAUAAAUUGUUAAUAAGUGAUCAGUGCACUAAUUUAAGAUUUAACUUUUAAAUUACUUUUAGGCUCGUAUCUAGUCUGACGGAUUUUAAGUCAUAAUUAUGUUUAAUAUUAAAAAAAAAUAACUUAUCAGUGUUUAAGCAAAAACUAUAAAUAAUUAUAACAAUAAAGAUCUUUUAGUAAACAUCUACGUUCGCUUUUCGCACAUUUAAUAAAUAUAAUAUAGAAUUCACAAGUCGUUUUAAAUAUAAAUGUUACGGUACCAACUAGAAAUAGGCGUUUAGUAAUUUGUUGUGAAGUUGUAAAACUCAAACCAAUUAUGAAGUUACUUACUUGUUCUUUUUAAAUUCCAGCUACAGCCAAAUACUCUUUAAGAGAUUUAAAUACUUAAAUCUCUUCCUUAAAACUACGCAGUGGGAAACUAUAUAAAAAUAUUAUUACAAAAGAAUAUAAUUGUUGUUCGUAAAGUUCAGUGACCUCUACCAACGCUUAAGGUGUUAUAUUAUCUUGUCCACUUAGAUCAUUAAUACGUCUAGAUAGACUAUGACAGCUGUGGAAACGUCGAAAAAAUUGAGUGUAGAUUUAACAUCUAUUUUGAUUGGUUGUCUAACAGCAAGAGACUAUCUAGACGUAUAAAUUAUCUAAGUAAUGUCCAAUUAAAUUUAUCCAAUCAUUAACUGAAUCAAAGUUAUAGUUUUGUGUUUUAUUUUGCAGGACAUGCAAUGUAUGUUUGCUUAAGCAAUUUAAUUUUAAUCUAACACUUUGGCUGAUUUACGUAAGUGUGUUUGGACAGACGGUACCUGGUCAAAUAAAGGAGCUUGAAUAAAA